AUGUCGAGCCGCCCACUACCGCCGUCCAGCGUUUUGCUAGGAGAAGUCAAGGCCACUGUCUUGCGUAAGUACAAGAAGAGCGCGUCCGUCUUUCUAGAGGACGCCGCUCUUGAUAUGAUGCUUACCGAACUUCCCGGUGACAUCCAGCGCUACGCCGGAUUCUACAACAUCUACCUCUUCCUCGACCCCUCUCACUGCCAAGAGUCAAAUCGACCGUUUGCAAAUCCCCUUCUUGCCCAGGAUUCGACAACUCGUUUUAUUUGGAAUAAGAAGGAGUAUGACUGCGCCGAUUACCUCGUAGACGAUGACGAUGAUCACCCUGAAUUGAUUGAGGCAGCAGCAAUUCGACCUAUUGAAGGGUCCAUCGGCGCACCCAUCACCAGCAUCAUAGACAAGGUAGCCGAGGCCUCGAACAAGAUGCAGAAGAAGACGUCUGCCUUCCAACCUGGAGAAAACAUCAAGACGCGGCUUCGACGCGCACACAAUGAGCGCAAAGAGGCAAGGAAGUUGGACGGCUGGCUGGAGCUGAAGGCUACAGUAGAGGCCGCUGCGACACAGAAAAUACCUGCUCACGUUUCCACUACACAAUGGCACUUCUGGAACGCCGUUUUCUUGGACGUUCUCCCGUCGUUACCAGCAUCCGAGCGCGCCGCUCGUCUCCUGGCUCUUGAGAGUCGUGACAUCACCGAUGAACAGCCCAAGCCAUGGUCUGAUAUCUGGCAGACAUACCAGUACGUUCAACUUAUGGACGAGAUUGAAACAACUGGGUGGGACGAGACCCUGCGCGAACUGUCCGAGAACUACCAAGACUUCUCAGAGAAAUUGCUAGAUCUCGACUUCGCCACGCGUAUGGCUCUAGGUCUGCCGGUCGCACUGCCGCCAGUCCGCGAGGAGAACACGUCGGUGCUUGCCGAGCCCAUUGCUUCCAAGCCAUCGGUUCUUGACACCCCGGUAAUCGACACUGGCGCUCGUCGUCCGAAACUCCUCCCAAAGUCUCAGGCUACGCGGAAGAAUUCCGGGUUGGCUUGCUUGGCUGAGAAGGCUACUAUAGCUCCUGAGGUCGCUGCACCGCCGGCUCUUAUUCCAGCGCAGGCUAGUACCAACAUCUUUGGGCUUCCUACCAUAGUACCGCAAAAGCCCCCUCCAUCAUCCAGCGGCUUUACGUUCACUACUCCGGCUUCGAAGACCGCCCCUAUGUCUGUACUGCUACAGUCUCCUCCAGCUACGCAGUUCCCUGACACACCUAGCUUUGACUUCGGCUUCGCUAAGAGUACAUUCGACGCACCAAUCUCUGUCUACGUACCGAAACUCGAUGAACACACUGUUUCCGGGACGUGCAUGGCCACUCAAACGCCUGAACUGCCCAAAUUGUCCUGGACCGAACACAAACGAAAGCACGCAGUACUGACUGGCAAAGAUACAAAGUCUAUCUCGACUACUUUUGGUGCUUCGGCUGUUGGCUACGAUCAUUCCUCAUCAGAGACACCCCUCGUCCUCACUCAACAUGCUGAGCAACCUCCUAAGUCUGAUCUUGGAGGCUCUAUAGAGGUAGAGGGGGCUAAGUGGGAGACCCAAUCAGCUGUCGAAGCGGAGUCAAAAGACCAAAAAUACUCUACUCUGUUUACCAAGGUCAUUGAUGAGCUUAUCAUUGCUGAGCUUAUUGAGGAGUUCCGAAACAAGGCUUCAAAUGCCGGUGGAGGGGCGACACUCAGCGACACUACUUCCAGGGAAGAAAAGGAGCCUUCCCGUUUAGACGAUGAGCAACUCAAUCAAGGUGACCAAACCGCCGGCCUCCCAAGAAAGGAAGAUGAUACUCAGUUCCCAACCUACACCUUUCGAGAUUUUGCGAAAAAAUACGUCCUCGCACGAAGUCCGGAUCUCUCCAUCGACGACAUAUUCACUAAACUUACCAAGUCCUCGAAUGGACGCCUCUACGAUGUCGACUGUGUGCUUCUUAACGUUGACGAGAACGACGAGAGCAAGCCUGCAACGUUUGAGGAAGCAGUUAGCAUGCUCGAGCCGUAUCUAGCAGGUCAGUGGACUCUGGAUAAUGCAGAUGGAGAUUCCGCAUCCAGUGUCAGGUCGACUCCCUCGUUGACGCACUCGCUUUUCCCCGAAGCCGAGCUUGCGAUCGACAGCGAGAUGGCCCAAGAGUACAUGCUCGAUGGAUACGGCUGCCCGCUUGAGCUAACAGGAAUUUCUCAAGACGACAAGAAGUUUUUCGACGCAGUACAGAUGAAGAUCGUCGGAGAGGCCGACCAAUACGAGUUCGACUGGGCUGAGGUAGAUUGCCUUCUGGGCCCUCAAGAUAAGGAAGAUGACGACGAUGAUUACGUUGUACCCACGGUCGAUGAUGAUGGGAAACCCAUCAAGCUCACACUAGACAUAAACCCUCUACAAGGGGAUUGGGCCGAAGACGUUUUCUCGCAGGUCUUCCCAGACUUCGAGCAGACUGAGGCUAAGCUUCCGGAUGUCGCGCCGCAACUUAGGGUGGAAGUUGAUCAGACGUCCUUCUCAGCCAUGUUCGACUCCGGAUAUAUGUCGGAAUCGCUCGGUAUCCCGGGGAACACUUCGUUCGAGUCAGCAAAAUUGCCAGCAAUGCAACUAGUUGACACUUUGAUGCCCAAUACCAAGUCUAUCCUCGCCGACUACGAUACGGUCCUACACGAGCUGUAUCCACAGGCUGCAGCAGUUGGCACUGAUGCGGAAAAUAAGAAGGUCGACUACCGUCUACUUAGUCCCGCCGUACAAGAGGUGGCGUUCAAAGCUCUGCCCACCACGAACCCAGGAUCACAUGAUGGUAUCAGAACUGGCAGAUCUGCUCAUGGGAACUUGACCACGGCUCAGCCGCUGACGUUCAACCGGCAUCACCCAGUCUAUGACCUCCCGCGCUCUGACCUAGCGGUAUAUAACUGGCUCAAGUCUCAACGACAAAGCAGCCUGGCAAACAUCAGCACGAACGAGCUGGGCAAGCCCGCAUCGUUUGACGUGAUCAAACUUUGA